AUGGUUUGGAACCGCAUUGCGCUUGCCAGUCUGUUGCUUGUCGUGCCCGUUGCUGGCCAGUGCGACGAAGGCACCUGCCAAAGCCUCCGUCCAUAUUUCAACUGCCAGUUCGACUUCGACAGCGGAGCUGCUGGUGCGGGGAACACGAUCACAUUCGCACGUUGCCCAGACAUUGGCCGCGUUGUCGUUAGGGUCCGAUUUGUGGGUGAAGCCCACUCCGACAAUGACAAGUAUGUGAGCGCUGUGGAAGUGCUGCGGCCGUACAUGGAUCGUGAAUUUUCACAAUUGGAGCUGCCCGAAAAACACCUCGCUGACUUGUCUGCUGAAGACAGGUUUGUGGCUCUGGCUUUCUUCUCGGGAUUGGGCGCGGCCCUGCGUUCACGACCGAUCCGACCGAUCCAUCGGAAGGGGGCGAGCUAUGCCGAACUGCUUUGGCGUGAGAAAGUCAACUGGUCCAUGGCAUGGGUCUUCGACAUCGCAGGACAUGCUGCAUCGUGCACGUAUUGCUUCAACGACACGACAUUGGUGCCGCUUCUUCCCUUAUGCUUGCGCGAACCGGGCGACCCUGCGGGAGUGUGCCGCCCUAAGGUAGUGCGGCUUCCUUUCGAGCUGGAAGUGGAGGUCAUGUCCCGAGCAACGCCCAUUGUCGACGAGAUUUCGGAACUGAGCAUCUCGGAGUUGCUGGUCCUUCUGACUGGCUACACCAUGGACCUCGGGAAGAUGGCUUCCCUUACCUUUUUGCACGACAACCACAUCGGAAAUCUGCUGGUGGUCACAAGCCUAGCGGGUGCAAAGAAGAUAACCUGGCAUGACUUCGGCGGUCGAAGCUACUUUAACGCGGCCACGCAAUCGCAGUUCGCAAGCUUCAGGAAAUUCUUCGAUGAGGUUUUCGAGAAGGUGAUUGAAUCUCUCAACAGGCACAUCGACACCGCGAGCCUCGUUGCCCAGUUGAGCCGCGUAAAAUCGGAGUGGACCCUGGAAGGGAUUGGAGAUGUGGACGUCGUAUCAAAAGCGUUGGCCACGCUCGCGGAGAGCCUACAGCAGGUCAUCAUGCAAUGGGCCGAAGGCAGCAUCAACAUCCGGCGUUCGGUGCUGCAAGCAUGGAGCCGAGCAUUGCCAUCAACGAGACUUGAGGCGCUUCGUGAACUUCUGGAGCAAGGUGGGUCUGUGGGCUUCACUCGCAACUCUCGUUUUCCCAAAAGCUGUUUGGGCAGACUUGUUCUUGAGCAGUCCUGA